AUGGUGGCUGACCUGCUGCUGGCUAAGCUGCGCGAGCUACAGGCAACAGUCGAGUCGACAGAGCCGGAGGCGUCCAUCCUUCCGACAUGCCUCUCCCUCCUCGAUCAGCUCGGCACGGUGCUCGGCGGCGGCGGCCCUCCCCCUUUAACGACCAGGGAGGACCGGUACGGCGGCGUCGAGAUUGAGGUACCGAUUUCUGCCGCGGACACGCCGCACGCGCUCGGCGUUGAGCUCAGCCGCCGGAUUGAGCAGUGGGCCGCCGCGGGCAAGCGAGGGCUCUGGCUCAAGAUCCCGCUGGAGUGCGCCGCCUUUGCGGGCUCGGCGGCGGCGCAGGGCUUCCAGUUCCACCACGCAAAGCCGGAGUACGUCGAGAUGACCCGCUGGCUGCCUACCGACCAGCCGAGCCCGCUUCCCGCCUACGCCUUCACCCAGGUCGGCGUCGGCGGCGUCGUCGUCAACUCCGCGGGCCAUGUGCUGAUGGGCGAGGCUCUUUGGAGGGCCCUUCUCUGA